UCUGCCUCUCGCCGGUCAUGCCCAAUAUGUCACCUUAUCUAAGAUAAGUUGUCACGUCGAAGUGUGUGUCAUUAUGCAAAGAAAUAAUGAAGUCGAUCGUUGUGUUGGCUUUCUUCAUAACAUUUCAGAGCAUCCUUGCUUGUGACGAUGGAUGGCUUUCGUACAAUGGACACUGUUAUCUCUUCAGCCAUGAUAUACAGUCAUGGAUAGGUUCGGAGGGUGUGUGCUUUCAUUUCGGGGCGUAUCUGGCUGAAAUCGACGAUAAUGCUGAAGACAUGUUCUUGCAGAACUUUGUCAACAUGUUUGCCAAAACGUACUGGGUUGGUGGAACAGACCUAAGUAAUGAAGGUGACUGGAUAUGGGCCAAUUCGAAGAAACAUUUUAGCCGAACAUAUGAUCGAUGGCAGGGAAACGAACCCAACAACAAACAUGGUUUAGAAAACUGUUUGAUGUUGGGUUCUUUCGGUUGGAAUGAUAGUACCUGCCCGAGCCAGGUGAAUUAUAUAUGCGAGAAAAAUUAGCCGUAAAUUUUGACAACUUUAAUCCAGCUUCGAAAAGAAGUAAAUUUGUGAUUAAUUGGAAAUAAAUGAGUGCAUGUUCUGUUAA